AUGGCGACUGGGUCGGGUUGGCAGCAGUAUUACUGCCCUGCCGGUCAGGGGAAAUUUACUUCGUCCUCGGCUUCCAGCAUGUCCUUUCAGUCAGGCAUCGCCAUGGAAUAUACCCAAGACCUGCACCUGAAGAUGAGCAAGAAAAUAGCACAGCUAACAAAGGUUAUCUAUGCACUGAACACAAAAAACGAUGAACAUGAGGCAGCCAUCGCCACUCUGAAGGAGGCACAUGAAGAGGAGGUGCAGCAGAUUCUGUCUGAGACCAGAGAGAAGAUACUACAGUACAAGAGCAAGAUCAGCGAUGAGAUGGAUCUGAAGAGGCGGAUCCAGUCUCUGGAGGAGUCCAUGGAGCUCCAUGAGAGGAUGAAGAGGCAGGCGCUGGCCGAGUUCGAGAGCUACCGUCAGAGAGUGGAGGACAUGCAGCUCUGCACCGAGGCUCAGCACACACAGCGUGUGGUGUCCAUGUCAAGGGAGGUGGAGGAGAUGCGGCGGUCCUUUGAGGAGAAGCUACGUACUUUCAGCCAGGCCCAGGCCCAGUUUGAACAGGAGAAGAAGGUUGCCCUGGAAGAGCUGAAGGCUCAGCACAGACAAGAGAUCCAGGAGCUCCUUCGCAGCCACCAGAGCCAAAACGCAAACUACAGUAAAGAUCAGGAGAAACUGGGACAGCUCCAUAAAGCCGAGGUGGAUUCUCUGACGGAGCGGGUGGAGGAGCUCAAACAGGACAAGAAGAGACUGGUGGAGGAGUACGAGGCCAAACUGAGCAAGGCUCAGGCCUUUUAUGAGCGCGAGUUGGAGGCCAUGAAGAGAACCCAGCAGCUGACCGCCGACAACCUGUUGGCAUGGAAACGCACCGAGGCCGAGCUGCGGCGGGAGUUUCAGAGUCAGGAGGCGGCGCUCCAGAAGACCCUCGGAAAACUGAGGACUGAGCUGGCCAGGGUAACAGAUGAAGCUCGGGAAAACCGGGAGAAGUCCCACAAGCUACAGGCAUCGCUCACGGCUGCAGAGAGCUCCGUCAAGGACUUAACCAAGCAGCUGGACGAGGUGACCCAGAACUCAGAGAUUGUAGAGAUCCGUCAGAAGGAGGCUGAGUGUGAACUAGAGGCGGCCAGAGACCGAGUUCAGCAGCAAGCAACUGAAAUACUCCUCAAAGCCAGUCAGAUCAGCAGCCUGCAGGCCACCCAGAUGACCCAGGAAGCAGCCAUCAGGGACCUGGACAACGAGCGAAGCCGGCUGAAGGACAAGGUGCUGAGGAUGGAGGAGGAGAGAGAGGCCCUGCAGAGCCAGAGCCAAGCCCUGGAUGAAAGGCAGAAGCAGCAGAUCCAAUCCCUGGAGAAGACCCUGCGCGAAGAGAAGUCGUCCCACGAGAAGGACAUGAACAACGUGCGAGCCCGAUACGAAGAGGAGACCAGCCAGAUGAAAGAGGGUCAGGCUCGAGCCCUGGAGGAAGUCGGCAAGAAGCACAGAGUGACCCUGGAGAACGCUCUCAACAACGCUGAGAAGGACAAGAACCGCCUGCUGGCUGAGCUGGAGCAGCAGUUUGAGAGGGAGCGUCUCUCCCUGGAGGAGCAGAAGACGCUGCUCAGGCAGCAGCUGGAUGAGCUGGGGGACGAGCUGACGUCCAAACUCAACGCAGCCAAUGAGGAGGUGUCUCGGCUGCAGGGGGAGGUGCAGCAGGGGGAGCAGGACAUUGGAUCAGCUGAGGGCCAGAUCUCCACACUGAAGGAGGCGCAGGACAAACUGCUGGAGGAGCUGGACGCCACCAGGGCCCGACUGAGAGAGACCAGCAACCUACUGACUGCGCUGCAGGGAGAGCUGGAGACCCAAAAGCGUCAGCAUGAAGCCAAACUCAUCACCACCAAAGAAGAAGAAAAACUUAAGAUGGACAAGAUGGCUCUGGAGCUGGAGCUCAAAUGGACCGAAACACUCAGGCAGGAGUGUAAGAAGCUUCGCGAGGAGCUGAGAGAGGAGCACGAGGAGGACAAGACCUCGGCAAUGACUCAGCUGGCACAAAGCAAGGAGCAGGAACUGAGCAACGCCAGGGAGAGCUGGCAGAGGAAAGUGGAGGACCUGCUGGAACAGAUUUCCUUGUUGAAGCAGAGCCUGGAGAUGCAGCUUUCCCAGUCGCAGUCGUCGCUGCAGCAGCUCCAACACCAGUUCAGCCAGGAGCGAGAGCACCUGAGGAUGCAGCUGGAUGAGCUGCAGACGGAGCAUCAGAGGCGACAGCAGCGUCUGCAGGAGGCCCACUGCUGCGCCAUGCAGGACAUGGAGCACGCCAGGCAACGUGACCUGAAGGAGUUAGAGGAGCGUCUCCGCCAUCAUCACCAUGCAGAGCUGCAGUCUCUCAGAGAGGCUCACCGUCAGAGCAUCGAGACACUCAAACAGCAGUCUGAACAAGAGCUGCAAACACUCCGCUUUGAACUGGAGGACGAGGGCAAAGCCAUGCUGGCCUCUCUGCGGUCAGAGCUGAACCACAUCCACGCAUCGGCCAUCGAACACCUGAGACAAACCCACCAACAGGAGUCGGCUGCUGCCAAGGCGGAGCUGGAGAAAACUCUGGAGAACAACCGGACACAGGAGCGUGAACUGCUGGGUCGGAUCUCUGAGCUGCAGGAGGAGGUGUCCAGGAGGAAGAACCACAUCGCUCAGCUGGACCACCAGAUCCACACGCUCAACGAGAAUAUCAGCACUCUGACUAAGGAGCUGGAGCUGAAGGGCAAGGAGGUGCUCAAGAUCCGCAGUGAAGCCAAUCAGCAGAUUCGGGCUCACGAGCAGGAAUUAACGAAGAGGCACGAGCGGGAGCUUGCCGAGCUGAGCGCCGUCCACAGCAGAGAGACGCAGAACAUGCUGUCAGACUUCAACAAAGCCCAGGAAGUGCUCAAAGACAAGAUCUCCGCCCUCCAGAUACUGCUGGAAGGAACAGAGGAGAAGUUUAGGAACAGAGAGAGUCGUCCUGAAGAUCUGCAGAUUAUCGCCGAGCUGAAGGACAUGGUCUCUGAGCGAGAAUCCCUUGUCAAGAAGCUGGUGGACGAUAAGAAGUUCUACCAGCUGGAACUCGUCAACAGGGAGACCAACUUCAACAAAGUGUUCAACGCCAGUCCCAACGUAGGAGUUAUCAACCCACUCAUUAAGCAAAAGAGAAAGAAUGAGAAAACUGCAGCCAGCAGAUUCAGCAGCUCUCCCAAUCUCAGGGCUCUGGAGGCAGCAGGUAGGGGCGUGGGCGUGGUGGGUACGGGGAGUGGGCAGCCCCCGCAGCCCCCACCCCCGCCCCCAGCCCCGCCCAGCCGCCUAGAGCCCAUCCCCAACUCCCCCCUCCACCACCUGGAGCUCAACUCCAACAAACCUCUUGCCCCGCCGACCCCUCCCACCGAACCCAAGAAAUUCCUGAGCCCUCCUGAAACCAAGGACUCCACCAUCGACUCCCCGGACGCCCAGCGCCAGGAGUGGUUCGCCCAAUACUUUUCCUUUUGA